UAAAUGCGUGAAUUUAAUUUUCAAAAGGACGGCCCUUCUCCUUGCCCAAUGAAAAUAAACCGCGGCCGACACCUGACUAUAAACCCAGGAAGAAGCGCAAAGUCCUGAUCAGAGAUCUGCUGCUGUAAAGUCAGUGAAGGAGUGCAGCAGGAGCAACAGCAGGAGCACCAGCAGGAGACACAACACAGAGAAAGACAGAACAGCCAUGACUUCCAGUAAGAUCGAGAUCCCGGCAGAGGUGAAGAGCGACCCGGCUGCUCUCAUGGCAUCCCUCCAGCUGAUGCCCUCACCGGUGCCUAACCCGGAGAUCAUCCACACCAAGAUCUUCAUCAACAAUGAGUGGCAGGACUCGGUCAGUGGAAAGGUCUUCCCUGUGUACAACCCAGCCUCUGGAGAGCAGAUAUGUGAGGUUCAGGAAGCAGAAAAGGCUGAUGUGGAUAAAGCUGUUCAGGCAGCUCGUCUGGCCUUCUCUUUAGGCUCUGUAUGGAGGAGGAUGGAUGCGUCUGAGAGAGGACGUCUGCUGUCCAAACUCGCAGACUUGGUGGAGAGAGACAGCAUCUAUCUAGCAACUGUUGAGUCACUGAACAGUGGGAAACCUUUCCUGCCCACCCUGUUUGUGGACCUCCAAGGAACAAUAAAAACACUGAGAUACUUUGCUGGAUAUGCCGACAAGAUCCAUGGCUCCACCAUUCCAAUGGACGGAGAGUAUCUGACAUUUACCAGAUAUGAGCCCAUUGGAGUCUGUGGACAAAUUAUCCCAUGGAACUUCCCUUUGAUGAUGACAGCAUGGAAGUUGGGACCAGCUCUCGCUUGUGGAAACACUGUUGUCCUUAAACCUGCUGAGCAGACGCCCCUCACCUGCCUCUACAUGGCUGCUCUAGUCAAGGAGGCCGGGUUUCCACCGGGAGUCGUCAAUAUUUUGCCAGGAUUCGGGCCAACGGCGGGAGCAGCGAUUGCUUCGCACAUGGGCAUAGACAAAGUGGCCUUCACUGGAUCAACCGAGGUCGGCAAACUGAUCCAAGAAGCAGCUGGGAAGAGUAACCUGAAGAGAGUUACGCUAGAGCUGGGAGGAAAAAACCCCAACAUUAUAUUUGCAGAUGCUGAUUUGGAUCUGGCUGUAGAGCAGGCCCAUCAGGGCGUGUUUUUCAAUGCAGGCCAGUGUUGCACAGCAGGCUCUCGAAUCUUUGUGGAGGAGCCCAUAUAUGAGGAGUUUGUCCGCAGAAGUGUGGAGAGGGCAAAGAGGAGGACGGUGGGCAGCCCCUUUGAUCCCACUACUGAACAGGGUCCACAGAUCAGUCGUGAGCAGCAGAAUCGAGUGUUGGAGUUCAUUCAGAGCGGCAUCAGUGAAGGAGCCAAGCUGGAGUGUGGUGGGAAAGCCUUAGGCGUGAAAGGCUUCUUCAUUGAGCCCACUGUUUUCUCUAAUGUGAGGGAUGACAUGCGCAUCUCCAGAGAGGAGAUUUUUGGACCAGUCCAGCAAAUCAUGAAGUUCAGAUCUAUCGAGGAAGUGAUAGAAAGAGCCAACAACACGGACUAUGGUUUGGUGGCAGCAGUAUUUACCAACGACAUCAACAAAGCCAUGACCAUAUCAACCACCAUGCAGGCCGGCACUGUCUGGAUAAACUGCUUCAACGCUCUGAGCACACAGUGUCCAUUUGGAGGAUAUAAAAUGUCUGGCAACGGACGUGAAUUGGGAGAAAAUGGUUUAAUGGAGUACUCAGAAGUAAAGACCAUCACAAUUAAAAUGGUGGCUAAGAACUCUUAAGAAAGACAUUCUUUUUUAAGGAGGACGUAGCACCUUCCUCUUCACUGACCUGCCUCCAUCAACCACGGUAACCAGUUACCUGUGUGGUAACUACAGGCUGAGACUACUUGCUGCCCUCUGUGUCUCCUCAUCAGCUACAACAUGGACAGCUGAUAAUCCAGUCCCUGCUCAACUGUCCCCACCCACCUUGUGUAACAGACAACCACUGAACUACCCCUUACUGUAUACCUCCUCCACUAACUACACUAAAGCACUCUCAGAGACAAUGGGGAGGAGGCUGUCUUCGUCAUGCUACACCCUCAUCCUCACUCCCUCAUAUGCUGGAUCCUCAGAGACUCAGUCACCGCACUUGCGAUCAGCCCUUUGCUAGCAAUUUGUGUGUUGAGAGCCAGUUGUGUUUUUACUGUGCGGUAAUGAUUUUCAGAAACCUCAUGUGUCAUUGUCUCAGUAGAAGUUAUGCAAAACAUUUCAGCAUUUUCAAAACCACUGAUGUUGUCAGACUCAGAAAGGAGUGGAUGAAAUGUUAAUUCUGAUUUAAAUUUGAUUUCUAAUUGCCUUUGUUUAUACUUUAACUCAUAUGACUUAACACUGUAUGUCAACUGUUUGACCGAUGUCAACAUGAAAGAUUUUAACCUCUUAAAAGCAUUUUACUCACCUGCUAAAAGAGGAGUAGAUGUAUUUUACCAGUAUGUAACUGAUUUUUAUUGAUGUUUAUCUUGAUGUUUAUGUUUAUACAAUCGUAUUCUAUAAAAUUAUUAGAAAAAAAUGACCUUAGUUUUUCCAGUAAAACGUUGUCCUGGAAACUA